UGAAGGACAACUUUUCCGUGAGCUGCCACCAUCGGAUUUGAAGCGAUGGCAGCGGCGUUGUAGAGGUUUCCAAAGCCGCCGAAGUACCUCUGAGUCCAGGGGUAGACAACCAGGCACCUGAGGAAACAGGCUAUAACCUGACGUGGAUCGCUGUUUGCAACAUUAUCUCGGAGGAGGUCCCGGUUGCGCCCACCUUCUGUGUCAAGCAUAAAUUCCCCCAGGUUCUCGGCUGGUCAAAAGAUUCAGCAACGCUCAACUAACAGCAAAGAUGACCACUCUCACUGCUAAGGACAAGGACACAGUCAGGGCCUUCUGGGCCAAAGUCUCUGGAAAGUCCGAGGACAUCGGAAAACAAUCUCUGGCCAGGAUGCUGGCGGUGUACCCACAGACCAAGACUUACUUCGCCCACUGGAAGGAUCAGAGCCCUGACGGUGCCCCGGCGAGGAAGCAUGGAAUCACCGUAAUGAAUGGAGUUGCUAAUGCUGUCUCCAAAAUCGACAACCUGAGGGCGGGUCUCCUGGAACUCAGUGAGCUGCAUGCCUUCACCCUGAGAGUGGACCCUGCUAACUUCAAGAUUCUCGCCCACAACAUGCUUGUGGUCAUGGCCAUCAUGUUCCCCACUGAAUUCACCCCUGAGGUCCAUGUGGCUAUGGACAAGUUCCUGGCUUCUCUGGCUCUGGCUCUGGCUGAGAAAUACAGAUAAACUGCAGGAAAAGAUGAUGGAGGCUGCAGCAUGAGCAUGAGCUCCGAAAUAAAUAAAUGAAAUAAUGAAAAAAAAAAAAAGGUUUUGGCUUUUUGUGAUGACUUCUCAUGUGUCUACUGCAAAAGUCAACUGUUUUUGAACUCUGUUCAACAGUUGAUAAAUUAGCAGAAACUCUCAUAUUUAUGCAAAGUUUUAUAAAACAAAACAUGGUAAAAACACAUUAGUUUUAAUGAAUAUGUAAAAAUAUUUUAUAGAAUAAAUACAUGAAGGCAAAGGAAUAAACAAACACAUGUAAAAAAUCAAUUCCAUGUCAAAUUACCAGCAGAGGGCGCUUCAGUGAGUGAUAUAAUAUAUUAUAUAUGCAACCAUUUAAUCUCUCACAGCAGUCUGGAACUCUCAAAUAAUCUCAUUGUCUACAUGAACCUUGUGACAUCUUGUCAAUUGAAAUAAAUCAGGCUUCAUAGUGAUUCGGUCAGAUCGCCUUUCUGAAAGUAUGAUCGUUUCAUUCACAAUUGGAUGGGUUUUUUUCAGCCUUUCACAAAAGGCACAUCCACGGUGUCAAAUGUGUCCUGGGUUUUAAGUUGUUAUAUGUUGUAAUUUUCACUUUUUGUCAUUUCUGUGUUCUGACCCUUGCAUCAUUUCUAAACGUCUUUCCCAGAAAUCCUUGAAGUGGACAAACAUGGAGGAGGUCUGGUGAUGGGUGCGGUGGGCCAGCAUCAAAAGACAUGUCUUCUUCCAGCUGAGUUUGAUGUCCUCUGAGAGGCUCCACCUGGAUAAACAUCUUCAGGGUAUGUUACCACCUCUGACACCCUUUUGGAGUUUGUUUGAACUGAUUUGAUUUGAAAUAAGGUUAUUAACAUGUGUCCUGCAUUGGUCUUGUAGAGAGGUUUUGUGUCAGACUGCGGUACAUAUAUAGGAUAUAUGUUUAUCUAUAUUUUUAAGUUUCAGACGUGUGCGUUAUACUGUUUUGUUCUCGUCAUUAUAUGACCUCCAUACAACGAUAACUUGGCUAACUUGGUAAAAUGAUCAGUUAAAACUGUUGAUUUAAAUGACUCGACUUAAAGAGACUCAAACAGGACAAAGCUUCAAAGGUUGAUUAACAGCUUUGAAAAUAGUUUUUCAAUAGAAAGUAACGAGAAAAUGAACGUAAUGGAAAAGAAACGGACACUCGGACAUCUUUAGUUUUGUCUUUAUUGAACAAGCACCUGCGUAUGGACAGGGUUGUUGACACUGUUGGAUGACACGUCGACGCUCCCGCGUUGCUGGA